AUGGAGCCCUACACGGUCCCCGGAGCUCAGCUCUCCCUGUCCGACCUUUACUCCGUCAUCCCAUUUAAUGUCACCCUCCCAGACGAGGAGAGUGACUUGAUGGGCGACAGGCUGCAGAACUACACCGAGCAGCAGAAUCCGGUGAGGAGCGCCGGGGGUAUAAUCAUAGCCAUAUCCAUCACGGCGCUCUACUCCGUUAUUUGCGUGGUGGGACUUCUUGGCAACAUCCUUGUCAUGUACGGAGUAGUCCGAUACACCAAGAUGAACACUGCCACAAACAUCUACAUCUUCAACCUUGCUCUUGCUGAUGCCUUGGCCACCAGCACGUUGCCCUUCCAGAGCGCCAAAUACCUCAUGAACACCUGGCCAUUUGGGGAUGUCCUCUGUAAACUCAUUAUUGCCAUCGACUACUACAACAUGUUCACGAGUAUCUUCACCCUCACAAUGAUGAGCGCAGAUCGCUACAUCGCUGUGUGUCACCCGGUCAGGGCACUGGAGUUUCGGACGCCCGCUAAGGCCAAAUUGAUCAACAUACUCAUCUGGGUCCUUUCCUCUGCAAUUGGUGUGCCUGUCAUGAUCAUGGCCGUGACCAAAGUGGCAGACAGUGGUAAAACCACGUGCAUGUUAAAGUUCCCGGAGCCUGACUGGUACUGGGACACCGUGACUAAGAUCUGCGUCUUCAUCUUUGCUUUUGUCGUCCCUGUGAUGGUCAUCACCAUAUGCUAUGGUCUGAUGAUCCUGCGUCUGAGGAGUGUUCGUCUGCUCUCGGGCUCCAAAGAGAAAGACCGCAACAUGCGCCGCAUCACCCGCAUGGUCCUGGUGGUGGUGGCAGCCUUCAUCAUCUGCUGGACCCCCAUUCACAUAUUUAUCAUUGUGAAGACCAUGGUGGAGAUUGACAGCAGGAAUCCCUUUGUGAUAGCCAGCUGGCAUCUGUGCAUUGCUUUGGGCUACACCAACAGCAGCCUCAACCCUGUCCUCUAUGCGUUUUUGGAUGAAAAUUUCAAACGAUGCUUCAGAGAUUUCUGCCUCCCCUGUCGGACCCGCGUGGAGCAGAACAGCCUGCCCAGAGGCCACAACACCACCAGGGAGCCAGUGUCCAUCUGCACUGCAACACAAGCGGGAAAGAAGCCGGCAUGACUAGGCAUGGACCGGGUCCCCCACUGCGCUUCGUCAAGGAGGAUCCAACAAGAUCUGCAAUCAGAAGUCACCCAAAUCUCCACAACAGAGUUUUAAGAGAUCUUUUCAUAUAAAGAGUCGACACAGUCACGUUGCAGAUACAAGAGACAUUCAAAGGAAUAGCUAAAGUUAAUGGAAUAGAAAAUUCACUCUGAU